GCACGUGCCUUGUUGACGUCAUAUCAGUGUCGUGGCGUACAAGUCGAGUCCUGCAAGUCGAGUCCGUGUUGUAUUAUAAGUAUUACUAUGCAGACCAAGCUUAUAGCACAAGGGGAAGACGUUGCAGACCAGAUACUGCGUCGCUCUAAGCACGUGCUUCCGCACAUCGCGCGUCUCUGUUUGGUAUCGACGUUCUUGGAGGACGGAAUUCGAAUGUGGGCGCAGUGGAACGAGCAGCGAGACUACAUCAACUCUACAUGGAGUUGUGGGGCAUUUCUUGCUAACUUGUUCGUGUUGAUUAAUCUUUUUGGCCAGUUAGGAGCCUGCGGUAUGAUAUUAGCUCGAUUUCAAAUUGUGCCUGCCAUCGCCGUUCUGUUUGGGAUUAUAGCGUUGCAGACUAUCAUGUACAGCAUCUUGUGGGAUGUUCGCUUUUUUAUGCGAAAUCUUGCUCUGGCUGGUGGUCUUGUUCUUCUGCUGGCAGAAACACGUACUGAAGGAAAGACAAUGUUUGCUGGUGUUCCUUCAACUGGAAUAAACAAGUCGCGAAACUACAUGCAGUUGGCUGGCCGAGUGCUACUUGUUCUCAUGUUCCUCUCUCUGAUGCACUUUGAAUUUGAUGUGCUACGCUUCAUUGAGAUUGUUGUUGGUGGUGCUCUGAUUGCACUGGUGGCAAUUGGAUUCAAUACUAAGCUUUCUGCUCUUGUUCUUGUUCUGUGGCUCUCAAUUCUCAAUGUCGUUCUUAAUCCUUGGUGGACAAUUCCAUCUGACCGCCCAAUGAGGGACUUCUUAAAAUAUGAUUUUUUCCAGACUUUGUCUGUUAUUGGUGGUCUACUGUUUGUUGUGGCUCUAGGACCCGGUGGAGUGAGCCUUGAUGAACACAAGAAGGAAUGGUAGUCUGUUUUUAGCAGCAUGGUAUCUAUACUGUGAGACUUAAAAUGGUCUUGUUCUAGUUUGCAGUUGUUUGUGUCUGUAUACAUUGUCGUUAUAAUUAGUCUACACUGACUUUAUUACA